AGCAGAUGUAAUGUGUAGAUAUUUGGACUGUGGCUCUGCUGUUUCAACAAGAAGCAGAGAAGAGUCACGCAGAUCUGUAUGGAGCAUCAGCUCUGACUGUCUUCAGUCUGGAUCUGCACUGAGGGACUGUGCAUCAUCAGGUUCCUCUUCCUCCAUCUUGGAGCUCACCUGCUCAGACCUGCUGCUUCAGCCAAUCAUCUCUGUGUCUCCUACCAUGGACGGGGUCUCCGGGGCCCAGCAGCAGGGGUUUCAGGUUCUCCAGGGCUCCAGCUUCACCAUCAGCUGCUCCGUCCAGCCUCAGUACCCAGGAGGCUCCUUCCAGCUCACCUUCACCUCCUCCAACACAGCAUACAACUACACCCAGCCAGCUGUCAAUCACUCUGCUGACUUCCUGUUUCCUGCUGUAGACCCCGCCCACCAAGGAAACUACAGAUGUGUUUAUGGCGUCUUUGUUUUUUCUCAUAACUUCUCCUCUGAGAGCCGUCUGCUCUCUCUCACUGUCACAGGUCCAAAAGUUUUCAUCAUCAGACUGGUCGUCGUCCUGCUGGUGGCUCUGCUGUUGGUCGUCAUUAUCAUCUAUUUCAUCCUGAAGGCCAGCAGGGGGCAGAAGUCAGACCCACAGGAGGACAUUGAGCUGAGUUGUUAUAAUCGUGGUGUUUCCAGAGCUGAAGGAGAGCCGGCUGAAGAGGAAGGAGCUCAGGGAGCAGAGUAGGACCUCUGAGGACAAACACAAACACUCUGAAGAAGAAAAUCAUCACCAGCACCAACGCUCCAAAACAGGAAGUAGUGAGACCUUUAUUAAGCCCACUAGAAGAAGAGCAGAGAGGAGAUCUGAUUGGACCAUUUGUAACAUAAUUAUCUGUAUAUAAUUAUAUUUAGUCAUUAAUCUCUCUCAUGUGAACAGCUGUAACUUUUAACUUACAGAUUUUCAUGAAUCCAGAGUUUUAUGGUCUCAUCUGGAUAAAUGUUGAGUCAAGAACUCAUUUAAAAAUCAGUCCAGAUGUUUGAUGAGUUUAUAUCUUUUUUUACUUCACUGCCUUUUAUAGACUAUAUACUUAUUAU